UGAUAAAACAUCGAAAGCGACAAUAUAACAGGUACGUGUCACUCAUAGCAGUCUCGACAGAAUGGGUAAUUUAUUUUCUUCUGAAGAAAAUAAACCAGAAAAAAACGUAGUAGAGAAAGAAGACGAAGAAGAAGAGGAAGAAGAUGAGUUAGCAAAUAAAGUUCCUUUAACAGAGAUAAAGAAUUACUGUUUACAUCUUUUAGAAUGCACAUUUUGUGGGCAGACAAGUCAAGGAAAAAAGAAUACGGAUCAUAUCAAAGUUCAUGAUGUUCUAAACUUGGGUUUAUAUUUACAACUGCUUGAUAAAUUGAUUCGAUCAGACGAUCCAAAAACAAUCACUGCGGAGGAAGAAGACUACACUCACUUGUUAAGACUCAUAGCUGUCAAAAGAAAAAGACCUAACGAAACUACAGAAAAAUGUUAUAAAAGAUUAUCAAAACAAAGCAAGAGAUUUUUAAAAAUAUAUCGUGAAAGAGGAGAUGUUUCUGAAAAAUGUGAAACCGAUUCUUACUGGGGAACCAGACAACAAUUACUUGCAGGAAAGGUGAUCGCUGAUUGGGUAGAUCAAGACAAUGGAGCUUUGGACCCAAUAUUUGGCGUUCUUUUAAAUCCAACAGCAGGUCGCGUUGGACCAGGUGACACUGGAUGGUUUCACAACAUUCUUUUCGACGAUACCGGUUAUAUGGCGUAUCAUUCCGCUGUUCACGAUGGAUUUGGUUACCUGGUGUCGUUUCAUAAAGUGGGUCCAGGCUAUGACUAUUUAUAUGCCCAUGUACUUGAGAAAACAAAUUGCAUGGCUGGUCAAAUAUCAGGAAUCAGUUUUUGGAAAGAAACAAUUGAAGACAUCCAAACAAAACAUAAGGUGAUCAAAGCACUCCAACUUUAAGAAGGGUUUCAAUUUUUUUGCUGGCAUACAUUGUUGACGACUGUAUAUUGUAUGUUUGUUAAAUAUGUGAAAAGAAUAGACAAAAACUAAA